GUCUUUUACUUUUGCAUAGCACCAAUCUUUCUUCCUUCCUUCCCAUUGUUUUACCAAAACAACUCUCUCUUUUAUCUCUCUCUCAAACCAAAAACAAAAAAAUGGACAUAACCAACAAUCUUGAAAUUGUCCAUGAUGUUUUUCCUUAUCUACAAGUUUACAAAAAUGGAACUGUCAAAAGACUUGUAGGCACUGAAUUUGCACCAGCAACCUAUGACCCCCAAACUGGAGUUACAUCCAAAGAUGUUGUAGUAAAUUCCAAAACUGGUGUUUCUGCAAGAAUUUACAGACCAAAUUCAACAACAAAAGCAAAAAAACUUCCUUUAGUGAUUUAUUUUCAUGGUGGAGCAUUUUGCAUAUCAUCUGUUGGUGAUCCAAAGUACCAUGAUUCUCUUAAUGUGUUUGUGUCCAAAGCUAAUGUUAUUCUUGUCUCAGUGGAUUAUAGAUUAGUUCCAGAACAUCCUCUUCCAACAGCUUAUGAUGAUUCUUGGUAUGUUCUUAAAUGGGUGGCUGCACAUAAUUUAAAACAAGGGUCUGAAGUUUGGUUGAAAGAGCUUGUGGACUUUGAUAGUGUGUUCUUGGCUGGAGAUAGUGCAGGCGCUAAUAUUUCACACUUCAUGGCAAUCAAAGCUGGGAAAUCAGAUGAAGCUUUAGGGAUGAAACUUUCUGGGAUGCUCAUGAUUAGUCCAUAUUUCUGGGGAGAAGAGCCAAUAGGCAUAGAGAUUCAAGAUCCAGUUAGAAAAUCAAUGGUGGAUAAAUGGUGGGAAUUUGUUUGUCCAUCAAAUAAAGGGAAUAAUGACCCUUUGAUCAAUCCUUUUGUUGAUGAAGCACCAAGUCUUGAACAAGUGAAUUGUGAUAGAGUUCUUGUUUGUGUAGCAGAAUUGGAUAUUCUUAGAGAUAGAGGGAUAUUGUACUAUGAAUCUUUGGUGAAGAGUCAGUGGAAAGGGAAAGUAGAAAUGAUUGAAACCAAAGGGGAAGAUCAUGUUUUUCAUAUCUUUGAUCCUAACAGUGAGAAAGCACUUGCUUUGGUCAAAUGUUGGGCUGAUUUUAUUAAUGGACGGUGACUGUCUGUGAAGUUGAUAUGUUGCUUUAGACAUGUUCUUUGCCGUCGUUUUCAUGAUAAAUUUGUAUACAUUAAUAAUAGUAAUAAAAUUCCACGGUUUUCAUUUU